CUUUGGAGCUUGGAAGGCUUAUGCCUUGUGCUUAGGCAACUCAGUGAGCCGUAUUCUUCACUUCAACUACUAGAGUUCUCCAAAUUGUAGAACGUUCCAAUUCAAUCAUCCGAUUUUCGUGGGUACCCACUUCAUCACCUUUUUCUACUCUGUCGGCUCAAAUGUAAAUGUCAAACUUCCAUCAAAUUCCACGAUGUCCCGCCUAUUCAAUUAAUCUACCUACCUCAAAUACAUCACACAACUUCAUCAUUUCAUUUUCCCCAAAUUCAAAUUCAAUCUGAUUCCAUAUUUUUAAUCUAAAUUCAUCAUCCAAAUUUAAUCAAUGGAAAUAUCAGAAGGAGAAUCAGAAUACCCAAUUAUAAUUUCCGAAAGAGUUACACUUAGCGGAACCCUAAUUCCAUUAGUCUUCAACUCCGACGGAACUCUUCGAUGGAUUGAAGGCGGCCAUGAAAAGUGUUUAUCGUUGGAAAAAGAGGUUCUCGGUGUUUCAAUCGAAGGUUCUAGAAUUAUUCUUAAAUGUGCUGUUAAGAGUAGUAGUAGUAGUAGUGCUGGGAUCCUCUGUUGCUCUUCUACUGAAGGAUUGGCGAGGAAGAGUUUAGUUCUAGAAGCUUCUUCUCAUGAUUCUCUUCACCUUUGGUUUCAGAAGCUUCGAGAAUUUCUUCACUCUCUUGGUCGGCCCAAAAGGCUAUUUGUUUUGGUCAACCCGUAUGGUGGGAAGAAGUCUGCUUCAAAGGUAUAUGUGGACACUGUGCAGCCGUUGCUUGAGGAUGCUGGAAUCCAAUUUACAGUGCAAGAAACUAAAUACCAGCUGCACGCAAAAGAACUUGCUUAUGGACUAGAUCUUACCAAGUAUGAUGGUGUCGUUUGUGUUAGUGGUGAUGGCGUCUUGGUUGAGGUAACGAAUGGCUUGCUGCAAAGAGAUGAUUGGGAUGCUGCAAUAAAAAUGCCUAUUGGUGUGAUUCCUGCAGGUACUGGAAAUGGUGUGGCAAAAUCUCUGUUGGAUUCAGCUGGUGAUCCUUGUUCUGCAUUUAAUGCCACGGUUGCAAUAAUUCGGGGGCACAAAACGUCUCUCGAUGUUGCUACUAUUUCACAAGGGAAGACAAGGUUUUUUAGUGUCUUGAUGCUUGCAUGGGGGCUUGUGGCAGACAUUGACAUUGAAUCGGAAAUAUGGAGGUGGAUGGGAGGUGCUCGUUUAGAUUUAUAUGCUGUAAAACGAAUAUUUCAGUUGAGGAAAUAUAAUGGACGUGUUCAUUUCAUCCCUGCAUCUGGUUCUGAAAAUUAUGUCGAGAAAAUAAGCCAAAAAGUCGAAUCAGUUCAAGAUCUGCCAUUUUACAGUUCGAAUGGGAAGCAAACUGAUGCUGAUGAAAAGGGCUAUGUAGGGCCUAACAUUGACAUGGAAAACAUGUGCUGGCGGACCAUAGAAGGGCCAUUUAUUUCAGUUUGGAUCCAUAAUGUACCUUGGGGUAGUGAAGGUGCUAUGCCCGCUCCUGAUGCCAAGUUUUCAGAUGGUUGUUUGGAUGUAAUCCUUAUCAAAGAUUGCCCGAAAUUGAGUUUACUAUCACUAAUGACUGAACUGAGCAGUGGAAAAUUUGUGAAAUCACCACAUGUCUUGUACUUUAAGGUGAAAUCCUUCAUUCUGGAGCCUGGUUCACGUACCAACGACUCAACCAAGGGAGGAAUCAUAGACUGUGAUGGUGAGGUGUUGGCUAGAGGUAAUGGUACAUACAAGUGUGAUGAAAGUUCGUUGAUGUCGUAUGAUAAUCUUCAAAUUACCAUUGAUCAAAGUUUGGCUACUCUUUUUUGUCCUCCGCUAUAAGUUUAUUGUAUAUAUAUACUUCUUCUGAUGGUCAUCAGUUUGAUUCUACUUUCAAUCAACUAUCGUGUGUAUAUUGGAAAGAAAACUCGAUAUUUGUUUUCGAUUUUACUUGGUAAUGGUUGUGGAUAUUCUGAUUCA